CACGCAGGUCAGUCCUACGGCGGCUGCCAGGGGUGUCCGUUCGGUGGAGGACCCGCACGGAGAAGCCCGGGAAUUCGAUGCUUUUUUUCCUUCCCUGUCCCACUGCCCUCUCGAGAAAGUUCUUUCACUGGGCUGUCUUCUCAGGAGACCCAAUGGACUGCCACAGCGGCUGUUGUCCCAUGGGCUAGCAUGUCCCAUGGGACAUGCUAGUGCUGGCAGAUUCCUAGGGAGCACCCCAGCUGGGAAAUGGACACUUGUAGAAGUCUAUGACUGGUGGCGAAGAGUCAUGUAUCUUCAACAGCCAAUUUUCUGAAGUAGAUAAUAACAACAUGUUCUCCAUUUUGAAUUCGUGAGACUUCAGUUGUUCCCCAUCUUCAUCAGUACUACUGAGAUUCCCCCUGUGUAGCCUUCAUUGGAAAUGGUGUCGUUUUUUCUUCUUCUCUGGAGUACAUUUGUUACCUAUAAGUCAUUUACAAUCACUAUCAUUUAUAAUCAUUGUCACUUCUAAGUGAUUUAUAAGGUUAAAGAUUUACCAGGACUCUUUCAAUUUCACUGUGUUUUCAAAGAAGCAACAUUUGGCAUUGCUGAAACUCUGUGUAUAAAGGUGAUUUACUGAGCAACAAAAACAACAACAACAAUAAUAAAGACCAGGACAAGCAUCAAUAUUGGAGAUUUUUCUCCAGCUGCUGUGAAGAGAUCUUUGAGUAUCAGAAUCCUGAAGCAAGGCAUACCAAUUCUCUCAUCACUCCCUGGAUUCAUUUUUGUCUUCCAGCCAUAAUUCAGUCCUCUAGCUGUCUCUGCAUACAAAGAAAAUGAAAACAUCUGUGGAAUCUGUGACCUUUGAGGAUUUGGCUGUGAACUUCACCCAUGAAGAGUGGGCUUUGCUGGGUCCUUCUCAGAAGGAUCUCUACAGAGAUGUAAUGCUGGAAACCUUCAGUCACCUUGCUUCUAUAGGAAACAAAUGGGAAGGCCAGAACAUUAAAGAUAAGCACAAAAAUCCUGGGGAAAAUCUAAGGUACAUUAUACCUCACUCUGGAUACAAACCAUAUGAACACGAGGAAUAUGGAGAGAAGCAAUAUAAGUGUAAACAAAGUGGGAAAACUGUUAUUUCUCUCACAAGUGUUCAAGGACACAUGGCAUCUCACAAUGUAAAUGGACCUUACGAAUGUAAGGUUUGUUUGAAAACCUUUGAUUUUCUCAGUCUGUUUCAAAUACAUCAACACACACAUAGUGCAAAAAACCCCCAUGAGCGCAAGCAAAGUGGAAAGGCUUUUGUUUGUUCUACUUCAUUUCAAAUACGUCGAAGUACUCAUACUGUAGAAAAAUUUUAUGGAUGUAAACAAUGUGGGAAAGUUUUCAGACAUCUUAGGUACCUUCGAGUACAUGAAAAAACACAUAGUGAAGAAAAUCCUUAUGUAUGUAAACAAUGUGGUAAAUCUCUCAGUUGUUCUAGUGCGCUUAAGUUGCAUGAAAGGACUCAUAGCGGAGAAAAACCCUAUGAAUGUAAACAGUGUGGUAAAGCCUUCAGACGACGCAGUUACCUUCGAGUGCAUCAAACAACGCAUAGUGAAGAAAGACCCUAUGAAUGUAAACAAUGCGGUAAAGUCUUCAAAACUCACAGUUCCCUUCAAGUACAUGAAAGAAUUCAUACUGGAGAAAAACCAUAUGAAUGUAAGCAAUGUGGAAAAGCCUUCACACAUCUCGGUUACCUUCGAGUACAUGAAAGAACCCAUACUGGAGAAAAACCAUAUGCAUGUAAACAAUGUGGUAAAACUCUGAGUUCUUCCAGUUACCUUCGAGUACAUGAAAGAAUUCACACUGGAGAAAAACCGCAUGAAUGUAAACAGUGUGGUAAAGCCUUCAGACAUCUCAGUCACCUUCGAGCACAUGAAAGAACUCAUAGUGGAGAAAAAACCUAUGAAUGUAAACAGUGCUGCAAAGCCUUCAUACAUCUCUGGUCCCUUAGAGUACAUGAAAGAACACAUAGUGAAGAAAAACCCUAUGAAUGCCAACAGUGUGGUAGAACUUUCAGUUGUUCCAGGUCUCUUAAAUUACAUGAAAGGACUCAUACUGGAGAAAAACCAUAUGCAUGUAAAGUGUGUGGUAAAGUCUUCAUAGCUCAUAGUUCCCUUCGAAUUCACGAAAGAAUUCAUAGUGGAGACAAAAUGUAUGAGUGUAAACAAUGUGGUAAAACUCUGAGUUGUUCCAGUUCUCUUAAAUUACACGAAAGAACUCAUACUGGGGGGAAACCUUUUGGAUGUAAACAAUGUGGCAAAGCCUUCAGACAUCUCAGUUACCUUCGAGUACAUGAAAGUACUCAUACUGGAGAAAACUAUGAAUGCAAACAAUGUGGAAAGGCCUUCAGACAUCUCAGUUACCUUCGAAUACAUGAAAGAACACAUAGUGCAGAAAAACCCUAUGAAUGUAAGCAAUGUGGUAAAACUCUCAGUUGUUCCAGUUAUCUUCGAGUACAUGAAAGGACUCACACUGGAGAAAAGCCCUAUGAAUGUAAACAAUGUGAUAAAGCCUUCAGUCAUCACAAUUCCCUUCUAUUACAUGAAAGGACUCACACUGGAGAAAAACCGUAUGAGUGUAUGCAGUGUGGUAAAGUUUUCAUAGAUCAUAGUUCUCUUCGAAGACAUGAAAGAAUUCAUACUGGAGAAAAACCCUAUGAAUGUAAACAAUGCGGUAAAACUCUCAGUUGUUCCAGUUCUCUUAAAUUACAUGAACGGACUCAUACUGGAGAAAAACCCUAUGAAUGUAAACGAUGUGGCAAAGCCUUCAGAUAUUUCAGUUAUGUUCAAGUACAUGAAAGAACUCACACAGGAGAAAAACCCUAUGAGUGCAAGCAAUGUGGUAAAUCCUUCAGACAUCUCAGUUCCCUUCAAGUACAUGAGAGAACUCAUACUGGUGGAAAAAAUCUUACCAAUGUAAACAAUGUGAAAAAGCCUUCAGGGAUCUGUUAACUCUGAGUAAAUGAAUGAACACAGAGUGAAGAAAAACCCUGUGAAUGCAAACAAUGGCAAAACUCUCAGUUCCUUAAAUUACACGAAGGAAUUCAUACAGGCGAAAGACCAUAUGAAUGUAAAUAAUGUGGUAAAGCUCUUAGUUCUUUCAAGUCUGUAAAAGACUUGAAAGAACUCACACUGGAAUAAAAUAUGUAAACAAUGAGGUAAAACCUUCAUCAUCACUGUUCCCUUCAAUUACAGGAAAGAAUUCAUAGUUGAGAAAACUCUGUAUGUAUAAACAAUGUAGUAAACCCUCCAGAUUUACCUUGAAGACAUGAAAGGACUUGUACCAGAGAAAAAUCACUAUGAAUGUAGACUGUGGUAAUGCCUUCAGAGAUUGCAGUUCCCAUUAAGAAAUAUUGAAAGAAAUAAUUCAAGAGAAAAUGUGAACAGUACAGUAAAACUCUUAAGUUGUUCUAAUCUUAUGAAUAAGGAAAAUUGUGGCAGCCUUCAGUUUUUUCAGUUGUUUUUGAGAUUAUGGAAGGAUCUCAUUGAGCAAAGCUCAAUGAGUAUUAGAAGUGUGUUAUGGUCUUUAGUUGUUCCAGUUCCAUUUGAAGACUUGAAAAGACUCAUUCUGGAGAAGAACCCUGUUAUUGAGUGGAAUAUGGGAAUGGCUUCAUGUUUCUCACACCCCAUUCAAAGACACAUGAGAAUGCAUGCUGGAGAUAAAUCUUGUAAAUAUAAGAAUGGACACUGGAUUGAGCCCCUAGUGGUUUGGAAAAUAAAGAUUUUAACAAUAACAUUAAUAGUCAUGACAGCUUUCCUUGGAAAGAAAUCCUGCAAAGCCUAAUGGAAAGUCUUCUGGUGUAAUAACGCACGUGGGACCAGGUGCCGUGGCUCACAACUGUAAUCCCAGCUCCUCAGGAAGCACAUAUUGGAAGGAUCUGGGUUCAUGGCCAGCCCCACCCAAAACUUGGUGAGACAACAACAAAUGAACAACAACAAAAAACUGGGCAUUGUGGUGCUCCUUUGUCCUCCCAGCUAUGUGGAAGGUGUGUGGAGGAGGGUCAUGGUCCAGGUCAGCCUGGCCAAAAGUGUGAGACUGGAAAAAUAAGUAAAGCAAAAAGGGUUUGGAGUUAUGGCUCCAGUGUUAGCGUGCCUGCUUAUCAAGUGUGAGGCAAAAACCAAAAACAAACCCACUACCAACAAACCAAAAACAAAACACUAAGAGGUGUCAUUUCCUGUGAUUAUAGUGCCAUCAUCUGGGAUCCCCUUUACAGGGUCAGAGGCUUUUUUCCAUUAUAGAUUUGUUUGCAAGCAAGCAAAAACAUGAACAUUCCUCUCUUUUAAAGAAAACCUUUUGCUAUUGGGGGUCUGAGUUUUCAAACUGUUAAAGGAGCUUGUUGAGGUUGGCAGUAGCUUCUGCUAAACCCUUUUCUGUGAACUUGCUUGGGCUUCUUUCCCUUGUGCAGUGUCUUUUCUCUUGCCUCUUCAUCAGCUAUGCAUUUCAUAGGUGGUAGAAAUUUUUCAGCCCCCUUGAUAAGGUGACGGAUGACUCUUGUGUAUGUGAUCCAUUGUUACCCAAAAUGUUAUGCAGCGCAUGGCUGUGUUCUUCAAGCAGUAGUGCCUGAGUUGAAUAGGUAGUGAUUUUUAAGUCAGUUAAUAAAAAUUUUCUCUACUUUAAAAUGUGUUGGAUCCAUAAGUUAAAAUGUAUUUCUAAUAUGUAAGUAUGUUUAAUUUUUAUAUAAUUGUAUAAGUGGUCUGUGAUUGAUGAGUUGCCCCCCAAAAAUGAGUAUUUGUUAAUUUUGGGGAUUUUUUAAAAACUGUACUUUGUGGGAUGUUCUUUAUUGCCUUCAUACAUUGUAUAUGUUCUACCUUGUUGGAAAAACAACUUUUGGGGGACAUAAGGGAAUUUUCUUUGCUAAUAAAGUGUUGUGAUCAAAUUUUAAGUAUGUAAAGUUCAUCAUACAGUUUCAUGUGAAUUACUUGGCUUUUUUCUUAUUCUCAACUGCUGUUUGGACAGUUCACUUUGAAUUAAUGAGAAAGACAUGUGAAAGGACAAUGUAUUGGGUUUAGUCAGAGGGAGAAAAUAGUUUCCUCUUAAAGUUUGUGGGUUUUAAAUUAAUGGCUUAAGACAGAUCGAGGAAUUUCCCUUUUGUUCAUUAUUAUGGAGUGUGUCGAUAUGAAGAGGUGUUGAAACUUUUCAAAUGGGUUUUCUGCAUCUCUUGGAAUGAUCAUGUGGUUUUUCAUAUUUUUUUUCUGAUAUGAUGUAUUACAUCAAUUCUUUCAGUUAUAAAACACGACUUUUAUAGGUAAAUCCUCUUUCCAU